CGUCGCAGGUUUGACAGCGGGUCCGUUUUUUUUACCUCUUUGCUUUCUUUAUUCCACCCUGCUUCCCUCUUUUUCUGUGUUUAAAACGCCUUAGCCUGUCGCUCGUCUCUAUUUAUUUAUUUAUGCAUCCCCUUUGAAAGUCUUCAGCCUGUGGAAUUCUUUAGCCGUACCUCAAAUGAGAAGACGUAAAAGAUGGAGCUUCAUAUUUUAGAGCACAGCUUGAAAGUGGCGAGUAUAGAAAAAGAGGGGAUCCAGAUUUGCACUCACGGAUUAAUAAAACUCGCUUUCUUGGCCUCCAAAACAAGAUGUAAAUUCUUCAGUUUGACAGAGACUCCGGAGGACUACACCAUUAUCGUAGACGAGGAAGGCUUUAAAGAGCUGCCUGAGUCAGAGCACAUCAGUGUUGCCGACGCCACAUGGUUGGCCCUGAACGUGGUGUCAGGGGGCGGCAACGCCUCCAACUCGCAACCCAUCGGAGUCACCAAGAUCGCUAAAUCAGUCAUUGCUCCCUUGGCUGACCAUAACAUCUCUGUUUUCAUGCUGUCGACGUAUCAGACCGACUUCAUUCUGGUUCGAGAGCGAGACCUGCCCAUGGUCAUGCACACGCUGUCUUCCGAAUUCACUUUGCUGCGGGUUAUCAAUGGAGAGACUGUUGCUGCUCACAAUCUGGGAGUCACCAACGGCUUCGUGAAGCCAAAACUCGUGCCCCGUCCCAUCAUCCACCCCUUAUCCAGCCCCAGCAACAUGUUCUGCGUGACCAGCCUGGACCCAGACACACUGCCCUCUGUAGCCACUCUGCUCAUGGACGUCAUGUUUUACUCCGGCGGGCUAAAAGACACUGGGGCAUCUGGUGAGGACUCGAGCCACAUCCGCUUCUUCUCCUUCUCCCUGAUCGAGGGCUACAUCUCCCUGGUCAUGGAUGAGCAGACGACUCAAAGGUUUCCAAACAAUGUCCUCUUCACCAGCGCAUCUGGGGAGCUUUGGAAAAUGGUUCGCAUUGGAGGACAACCUUUAGGAUUUGAUGAGUGUGGCAUUGUGGCUCAAAUAUCAGAACCCCUUGCGACAGCUGACAUUCCAGCUUAUUACAUUAGUACCUUCAAGUUUGACCACGCUCUGGUUCCUGAAGAAAACAUCCAAAGUGUGAUCGGCGCUCUGAGAACCGAGAGCACAGCACAGUGAAGGAAGCAGAAGAAAAAAUGAUGAAAACGACCAUUUACAAAGUCAUUUCUUCAAAAGUUUAUCAUGUCCAAAAAGUGCCAAGAGCUUAUUAGCUGACUACUGUGGAUCGGCUCUGAGAGGACGGGAUGUAACCACAAAGAGUGGGUGGAGAACGGGGGAGUGUGACGGUGUGUUUGUUAGGGAUGCCUUUGUUACUCGGUCAUUUUCUGUACCCCCCUCCCCCCCCCCCCCCCCCCCCCCCUCCCUCCUUUCCUUUAUGGCACUUGGCCUCCACUGCCUGCCCUGGUAGUUGUUGGUUUAGUUUACCAGAUUAAUUAUGUUUCUUUUCCUCUCUGAAGCUGCUUCUACCCACUCCCUGACCCUUCAUAAAAGCACCAUACUGUAUUAGUUACAUAAAUCCUCUCAUGCAAGGAUGACGAAUGUACUCUAAAAAAGCAAAAAAAAAAAAAAAAAAAAAAAAAAAAAAAAAAAAAAAACAACAAAAAAACCCGAAAGAAAUAUAUAUAUAUAGAUAUAUAUCAAGCUCUCCGUUUUUAGUUUUGUUUUUCCACAGGUCAUUUCUCAGUGCCAAGAUGUUUGAAUGCCUAAACCGAUGCCUUUGUCAAAAUACUGUACAUGUGUGCAAUAUUAGGAGACAAUUUUGGAGACAGUUAGUGAUUUCAGACCUCCAGGUUCAGUAAUAAGGUGUGUAUUUUUUUUUUUUUUUUUUUUUUUUUGUAGCUAUUGAACAUGUUUUAAUCACUACUAGGAUCUUAAUGAGUCCCUCAGACUUUAAUUCACAGGUCUCGUGAUGCUUUGUUUGGUGAAGGAUGACGUGGAUCUGAGGUUGAUGAGGAAUUACACCUGUUUUGAUCUGAUCAAGUCAUCUGCAUUCAUACUGUGAGCAAUGUGGUCCGUUCAGCAGACAUUUUUAUCUGCAAACACGCUGAUUCUAUUAGUUUGAAAUAUUAUCACAUGUUUUGACUGGCUCAGGGUAGGUUGGAUUAUUUGAUUUGCAGAUAAAUGUAUUUCAGCUGUAGUAGAUUGAUAUUUGUGGUCCCUAGAUGAUGAGUGAUACAGACUUAACUGGUUUCCAGGAUCUUUACGUCUCAGUGAUGUUCGUAGCUUUAGGCUUGUGGGAAAUUUCUCAGCAGUAAAAGGAUGGACUAAAUUCUGUUUAGAUAGUCUUGGUUCUGGAGUGAAUUCUGGCUUUAGGGUUAAUCCCUGUUUUUGUUUUAAGGUGAAAUAGAUUUUUUUGACCCCAAAAAAAAAGAGCUUAAUAUGAAUUCAAAUCAGAAUUUAUGAGUUAAAACAAGAUCUAAACAUAUGAAAUUAAGCAGCUCUAUGGCACCAAUACAAUUUAUAUUAUUUAAGUAAAUCCUGGAUUAAAUUUGAUCACGUUUUAGUGUAAAAACAAGCAUCUAAAAGAGACGGUUAAGGUCAUUUGAGGUUAUCGUGACAAAAAAAUAACCAUAAUUCCCUAAGAUAUAAAAUAAAACUAAUAUAUUUGAUGGUGCAGUCAGGUUAUGUCAGAUUAUGCAAUUACAUUUACUAAACUGAGACAAAAAUGUAUUAAAUCCAGAUGUUUUUAUUAGCCAUAACUUUGUAUGUCUAGUGCUAAUUAGCACGUGAGCUAACACUAACAUGGAGACACUACCCUCUAAAUAUUUACAUGUUAACGCUGCAUGACAACCACCAUCCUUUUUAUUUACUUUAUUCACUCUUUAGGAUUAAAAGCAAAGUUUAAACAUUGGGCUUUAUCCCUUUUCAUGUAUGUUUUUUCCUUUUUUUCCCGACAUAUAGCCACUUGCAUGACUUUAGCUUUAGCCAAUAGCUUGUUAGCACAGCUGAACCUACAGACCGAAUGUAUGAAGAGAAUGGAAGCAGCUCUAAAGGGCAAUCAUUAUCACAUUUUUAUCCCGUUUAUAUAUUUGCUGAAAAGAUAAAUAAGUAUUAAAAAGAAUCUCCCCUCUUAUAGCUUUAUAUAGCACCUUUCACACACACAUGCAGACCAAAGUGCUUCACAUAGCAAACAGUAAUGAAAAAUACAAACAAAAAGUAGAUCGUAAUUAACCGAACUCUGCAGCCCUAAAAUAACAAUAUAACAAUUCAAUGCUUGAAACACAUGAACAGUACAUAAAAUAAACAGCAGAGAUAAAAAAGAAAAUUAUACAAGAAACUGAAAUAAAAGUGCAAAACUAAAGCUGUAACAGUACUCCAAAUUAAAAGAUAUAAAUGACAGGUUUUUAAUUUCCUUUUUGGGUGAGAUUAGUGUUUUAAUAUCCGCUCGUAAUGAACAUAACAUUACAUAAGAUAAUAUGUCUGACACUUUCUUAAUUUAAUUGUCAUUGUGGAGGGAAGUAUAUGAACGAUUUAGGAAUCAACAUUUGUUCAUCACCUCGUCUGAUCUUUAAAAUAUGUAAAUUCUAACACGUUAAUAAGAAAAUAAUCCCCGUGUACAGCCUUCUGAAGUGAUGGAAUUCACCCCUACUUCAUCAGUGACCUAAAGAAAACCAGUGAGGUGAACUUACUUCACACAGGUCGGUUUGUCGUUAAAUGAUGUGUAAUUGCCGCUUUGUUUAGUACGUAUUUUAUUUGCAAAGAUAAGAUAAAUCCAAGGGGAUGACAUUUUUAAGCACAGCACAGUAAAUUAUUGGUAAAUUAUUGGUAUUUCUGCAAUACAGCAGACAGACCGUGUUCUGUGGGUUUACAAAAGAAGGAAAACAUGUGCAUGAGGGUUUGAUGCAGUUUUUUAUCAAUUAAGAAGAUUGUUAACUAAUAUAUAUUUUAAUUAAAAACUAGUUGGAACAGAAAUAAGUUUAACGCAACUGUCAAAUCAUAUUAAAGUACAGUUCAGGAACGUUGUGGCUGGUGUGGCAGCUAAAGAGCCAAAAGUCAUGUAUCUUUAAUUUGUUUUGCUAUUGGAUGAAAAAACAUUGAUGCUGUAGUCUGAAAACCCUGAAUAUUAGAUCUGGUUCAUGGUUUAUGGAUAUAGUUUGCAUUUUAGCAUUUUAGUCACUUUUCAACAGUUGCAAAAACUUUCAGAUACAUUUUACAAAUACGUUUUGUGGCCAGAAAUAUGGGGACACCUCACAUCUAAAGCUGUAGGACUUCCCAUUCGUGUUCAAUUGACAUUGUGAUAAGAAUGUUUAUGAGUUGUGGCCAAUAAUUAAUAUCAAGUCAGGAUUUCUUUGAUUUGAUUUUCUUCCUGAAUGAGUCGAAAAACUGGUAACUUAUGAUUUAAAAUGAUUAUGAUUGAAAUGUUGUAGACUAUAUAAAACAAUUAUAAUGAUUAAAAAUUGCAGUGCAGGGUAAAAUUAAAUUUAAAAAAAAAUCUGAUUGUGGGUAACAGUGUAAACAAAAUUAAACCCUAAAAACCAAAUUAAAACUUGUAGUACAAUUAUAUCACAUUAUAAUCUUAUGUUUUAAGAUUUGUCAUCUGAAUUCAAUGUGUCCAAAUAUUUUUGCCCAUAUAGUGAAGCUGAAUUUGUUGCCAGAACAGCAAAAAGUACCUACACAAACUCUUUAUUCCAGUAGAAGUACAGAUAAUAUAAAACCAUUACUUCCAAAAAAAUAAACAGAAAUGGUAUAAUGGAAAAUGUUCUGUUCAUUACUAGAUGGUUUUUACUAAAUUUAGCCAAAACGUGACAAGUUGGAAUCAUCAUCUACUAAUAACAUACAACAGAAGUAAAUCUGAGUUAUGAACAAUCGUUGUGUCACUUUCAGCGUCUGAUGGACCACGUUGCUCACAGUUUGCAGCCGCUCCAAGAUCUGAUGAAAAAUUCAAUGUUUGCGUCAAAUAAACGACUGAGCCACUUUGACAGCGUACAAGUAUAAAACCAGUGUAAGUGUGCGAUACAUAAGCUAAGGAUCACACAGGGAAGGAAGACCCCACCCCCUCCUCCGAGCCCUGGUGUCCGUUCAGGUCUUGAAGCCCCCUCCCAUGCCCCGGUCUGCACUUUAAUGCAGGUUCGACCCCCCAGACCUGCUGUACUGAUGUGAAAACAGGGCCCUCCCUCUCUGUCUCCAUUUACUUUUCAAAGAUACUGUCCAGAUGGGGAGAUUUCUGUUGGUCUUAAAUAUUUAGUGACUACGUUUUACUUUGCUUUUUUCUUUCUUCUCUCAACACCUUGCACCUAACAAUAACUUUUCUUCUGAUCAGAUUUGAUUACCCCGUAUUUAUCAGUGUUAAAAACAUGAGAAAGUCGUUGUUCCUUCUGAUUCCAUUUCAAAGACGAACUUAAAAGCUUUUCAUUUUGAGCUUCUUGUGUGGGAAAAAAAUAAAAAAUAAACAAGCUUUUUUUUUUUUUUUGAGCUUGUUGCUUGUUCAGUUUUCUCAUUUUUACUGUCUUUACUUACAACGGGGAUUGUCCUCACACUGUUAUUUGCUCCCUAUGUGUACUUUAAUCAAUAAACUGGUGACAUUCUCUGCCAAA